ACAUCAACUAGAUACACUACAUUAAAAUGGACGAAGAUGUUGUAGUAAAGCCAGUCAUAUUCAUAGAUAAAUCAGGAAAUGAAUUUAAAGCGUUAGAAGUAAAUGGGAUACCAGUGACAGCGUUUCCAGAAGAAAGGAUAGAACACUCGUAUACAGAACAUUUCACGAAGCUUAGGGAAAUGACCAUAAGAGAUGAUGAUGUCAUUGUAUGCGCUUAUCCCAAAGCCGGUACUCAUUGGAUCUGGGAAGUGAUUCAGAUGUUGAGAGGUCAAACAACAGAAUACCAUAAACAAAUUAAAGAGCAGCAAAUGUUAGAAGCUACGAAUAUUGAUAUAAUUGAAGCCGAACCAUCACCACGAGUUCUUAAUUCACAUUUAUGGCCACGACAUUUACCUAAACAAAUGUUUGAAAAGAAAACGAAAAUAAUUUACCUCAUUCGUAAUCCUAAAGACACGGUAGUUUCCAUGUUCUUUCAUUAUAAUGCCGUAAAAGAAUCACUUGAUUAUCAUGGAAAUUUAAGUGAUUUUAUCGAUCUUUAUCUCAAUAAAGGCUUACCAUUUGGGCUAUGGUAUGAUUAUGUUCUAGAAUGGGAAAAGUUCUUUAAAACAACUGAAAACCCAUUUUAUCAAUUCUCUUAUGAGGACAUGCAGCAGAAUCCCGUAGAUCAUGUAAAAGGAUUGGCUAAAUUUCUGGACACUAAUGUCUCUGAUGAAUUAUGUGAAGCUAUAGUUGAUGCUUGUUCUUUUAAUAAACUAAAGAAAGCCAAUGAUGAAGUAAAAGACGAUUUUGUAAAACCUCGUUUAACCGAAGGACGUUCAUUGUAUAGAAAAGGUAAAGUUGGUGAUUGGAAGAAUUGGUUAACUGUAGCUGAAAGUGAAAAUAUUGAUCAAAUGACAGCUAAACGAAUCAAAGACAGUCAAAUUAACCUGAAAUAUACAAUUUAAAAAAUUAAAAACAAAAAAAAACCCCCAUAAAACACACACACUAUGAUACAUUUGCAUUGAAAUUAGCGCCUGAUAAUGUUGGCGAUAUUGUUUGUUUCGAAUUCAAGCACAAAUAAGAUAUAAAAAUUAUUAAAAAGUG